CGGGGGCACAGCGUUCAUAUGACGUCAGAGCAUGUAAGGAACCCGGUGGCCGAGGGUAAAUAGUCUUAGUGACUCGGCGCUAAUUUUGAUUUGGGUUGUUUUUAAAUUACAGUUGUUGUUUUUAAAAAGUCAUCCUGUCACGCGAAUGCCGUCGCCGUUACUUCUGCUGUUGCCGUUGUGCGACCGGUAACGGUACAAGCCUCACGGGGCCGGCCGCCUCGACUGGAGAUCAGACAGCAGCAGCCCGCGCCGCUGCCACCACUGCAGCCACCGCCGGCGCCACCACCAUGCUGCGCCUGCGCUGCAAGAGCAAGAGCGGCACGCACGCCGUGGCGGGCCUGUCGGAGCGCUCGAGCCUCCGUGAGCUCCAGGCGCGACUCUCCGAGGCCACGGGCAUCGCGCCUGCCGCCCAGCGCAUCAUGGCCGGCUUCCCACCCUGCGACCUCGACUUGGCCAGGGCAGACGCCUCGCUCAGCGAGCUGCACGUCAAGUCCGGGGACACGCUUAUCGUGGAGGAGGACAUGGCGAGACGCAAGACGGCCACCCGCCCCAACGGCCUCCCGAGCCCCCGCGUGACCGCCGCCCCCGCCGAGCGCCACCGCUCGCCGUCGCCCAGAGGCCCCGCGGGUCAGCCCGCGAGCCCGGCCGCUCGCCCCGUCGCCCGCCCGCCGCCUGCCCAGCAGCCGUCGCCACCGUCGCCACCGUCGCCACCGCCGGCCCUGCCGAUGCGGCUCAGUCGGCACGUGGUUCCCGCCGACAACUCGUGCCUCUUCACGAGCGUGAGCUACGCGCUGGACGGGCCGGUGGCGGCGGCGCCGGCGGCGGCCGCGACCGCGGCCGGGCGCGCACGCGAGCUGCGCCGUCUGAUCGCGAGCGUCGUGGCCGGUGAGCCCGACACGUACUCGGAGGCGCUGCUCGGGAAGCCCAACGCAGAGUACUGCCGCUGGAUCGAGCAGGAGGACACCUGGGGAGGCGCCAUCGAGCUCUCCAUCCUCGCCAGGUUCUACGAGUGCGAGAUCUGCGUCGCCGACACGCAGACUCUACGCGUCGACCGCUUUGGCGAGGGCUCCGGCUACGCGCGCCGCGCGCUCCUCAUCUACGACGGCAUACACUACGACCCACUGGAGCUGUCUCCCGCCGACGGUGCUCCCCACCGCCCCCCACGGACGCUCUUCCCCACGACCGACGAUGUGCCGCUCGCGCAGGCCCAGGAGCUGGCCGAGGAAGCGCAGCGGCGCCGGCAGUUCACCGACCUGACGCGCUUCGCCCUGCGCUGCCUCGCCUGCCAGAAGGGGUUGACGGGCCAACGCGAGGCUCAGCGCCACGCCGAGGAGACCGGGCACCUCAACUUCGGCGAGGUGUAGGGCCGUCCGCCGCGUAAACCAGCAGCCCCGCCAGCUAACCGGCUAAGCCCGCCAGUUGGCCAGGCAGCUCACCCGUGCCUGUGCAUGCUCGCCUGCCUCCCCACCCCUGCGCUUAUUGGAAAGGACGAGGGCGCUGCCACAUUGCCAUCGCGGCCCUGCAUCCCCGGCUGGGGUUUGCUCCUGAGCAAUGAAAUGUGUGUGUUCUGGUGCUUUUGGAGAUCUCACUACCCUGGAAUUUAGGGUUUGCGGAGGCAGUUACGUCCGCGGCAGCGAGGAGCGCGACUGAUGGCAGCGAUGGCGACGUCGCUGAGGGAGAGGGAGGGUGGAGUUGCCGAUUGUGACGGUGCAAUCGGCAACUCCACGAUCGCCGUGUUGCGCCCAUGCCCUGCUGUUCCCUCGCCGUUUUCAGCGAUCAAUUCUUGACUUUGUCCCAAUUUCAGCUUUGGUUUUUUAAAAGUUUCUGUUGAGGCGUGUGCUUGGUGUGAAUCGGAUGAAAUUUGUCACGACGAGCUGUAAGAGUUGGACAAAGUCCAUGGAGGGGAGCUAGCAUUAAAAAAAUCAGGUGCGCGUCACCGUGCGCGAGUGCUCGAAAUCAGGUGCAGCUUGAAUGUCGACGGGUAAAUUAUAUUCAGGUACAUUUCACCCAAAGUAAACAUUUACAGCAGACGAGACAUCGGUGACCCCACAGCACAGUUCCCGUUCAUCCAUCGCGGGUCUCCCUUCAGCAGCAUCCAGACCGGAUCCCGCGCCGGCGAAAUGAGUGUGAGAUCUGAAGCGGUCUGGAGGUCUCGCACACUCAUCUAGUUUGUCACGUGACAGCACCGGCCUGGAUGAUGCAGCCCUGGCUUUUGAGGACCGCAGGAAGUGCUUCGGAAGACCGGGUCGACACAGCCAGCGCCUUGGCCACGUCGGCUCUCCGUGGCUGGUAGCGAACGCCCUCGGUUGGGGCGAACGUCAAUUCAAUCAAGCGGUCAAUUGACUUCAUUCAAAACCAGGUGAUGGCCCGUUGAGACGAAUGGGAGACCUGUGCUGCCGCGAAUCCGUUUCUUCGGCACCGCUCGUGAAAGUCGCACGUGCAACCGUGGUCUGACCUGCAGCCCAAGAAACCCGUGCUGGAGCGAGGCUGGCGGCGGCGACAGCAACAUCGGAGUCCAGUUCGGUGGCACCAGCUGCAGGAUCUCAGAUACCACUUGGCUGCCUCUCGCUUCGUUGCAAAUUACACAACCCCCCGCCUUAAUCACGUGUCAGACACCAACACCAAAGGUGUGUCAGUAUUGCCUCUCUCGGUGCCCCCCCCCAUCCCCACACUCGUUUGCUCGUCAUUCGUGUUAUUGUGCAGUUGUCGCAGUAUUUCUCGUAGCGCGACCCAUCGCGUCUGUCUGAAACGUGCGGCGUCGGGUUGGCGUGUCGACGAGGCUGUAAGCGCCAACGGGUUGGCCCGAGCAAGUGGGGAGCCUGCUGGUGUGCAGCGUAGCAGCACCAGCCAAUUGGAGACGAGCCAUAACCUUACACCAGAGGUCGCAACCAGGUACCCGAUACCCAUACCCUACCCGAUACCCGGCUACCCGUACCCGGCCAGGUACGGGUAACCGUUUGCGACCCUGGUGCAGCCGGGUACGGGUACAGGGUGGGCCGUGAGUCACUGGUGAGUCACCGUUUGUCACUCAUUUCCCAACGUCUUGUCUCUUCUCACAAUUCAAGUUCCUAGAAUCAACCCACCCGCGCCUGCAACAUGGCUUCAUCCCAGAGGUCGCAAUCGGGUACCCUUACCCUACCCGAUACCCGGCCGGUACGGGUAGCCGGGUAUCGGGUAGGGUACGGGUACCCGAUUGCGACCCUGGUGCGGCCGGGUACGGGUACGGGUAAGGAAUCAAAACCCGUUUGCGACCUCUGCCUUACACCCUUUAGCAACACUUGCCAGCCAGACAUGAAGUAUAACCCCAUGCAAUUAGCCAAUAGGAUUCUUACUAUAAUCACUAUAUACUUGCAUAUAAGGACCUGAAUAUAAUUGUAUACCUUUCCCUAACCUUAACAUUGGUACAAUGAUUGGGUGAGGUGCUAGGUUAGCUACUUAGGAUUAGAGGUUUGGUUCGUUUUUGGUUGGCGAGUGUGGUGAGGUGUAGUGCUAGGAUCUUGUUGUCGAUCUUUCUAGGUUUAAGGAUAGAAUCGCGGGAUGGCUGUUCUGGUUCGACUUCGGAUUAGUGUCUGGUAGGGUAGUAAAUUUAUGGUGAGUGCUACAGUGCUCGGAUCUAUUUGUCUAGGUUGUUAGGAUUAGGGCUAGAUGGCGGGUGUGGUUAGGGGUCGCACUAGCAUCAGGUUGGCUAGUUUACUAGACCCCUAUCAUUUUGCCCCCCCCCCAUUGUCAAUCGUGGCCUUGUCACUCUGUUCACUUUCACAUCCUACGCACUGAUCCGCGCGUUGUUGGCAAACGUUCCUUUUCAUCCGAAAUUUGGUGAACUUUUCCCCAACGUCUCCAAUCGGCCAAACCUCGGGUCAAAUCGCCCUGGCAGUGAUACAUUUCCGGUCGUGCCGUCAGACGCGAACCAUGGACCAUGGCGUUCACAGCGUCGUCGACAGCGGAAUGAAUUUUAAAUAGAUCCGCUCAGGAUGUCGGGAAUGUGUGCUCCCUCCCGCGCUGUCGUUGAACGCGCCGUGUCGCCGCUCGUUAUACCUCACCCGGGGCUGGAGUCCGGGCUCACGCAGCGCUGUGCGUGUGUGUUUUUAGAAUGUGCACCCACAAAAAAAAGAAUGCACCUCCGCUGGCACGUGAACGCAAGUGACGUCAUCAGCCGUGCCUGUCUUUUUUCGUGCGAGUUCUUUUCAGAGGGUCUCUUUCCUCCAGUUUUAUUCGGCUUGUGCCAUUGGCAUCACAUCAUGAGACGACGCAUCGAUUCAGAUACGUUGAUUUGUUAGCAAAACUAAAACUGCGGAAAAUUAUAAUAAAGUGAUUUUUAACUUGGAGCAGCGUCAUCAUGUUAACCCAAGCAAAUAUUAGUCCUCUAUAUAUUUUAGAAAGCAAGAUGUACCGGUGCCACUUUUGCAUGCUAGCCGGUCCCUCCAUUCCCAGAGUGAGAGCUGUGUCCGUAUUCUUGGUGUUAAAUCAAAGUCGCUUACUGUGGGUGUUGGACUCCGCCAAGGGUGCGUCUCGUCUCCACUCCUGUUUGUGAUUUUCAUGGACAGGAUAUCAAGGCGCAGCCGAGGUAUGGGGAGUGUUCAGUACGGGGGCAUGGAGGUGGCGUCGCCGCUUUUUGCAGAUGACGUCCUCUUUUCCUCAUCGUUCUGUGAUCUCCAGCGUGCACUUGAAUGGUUUGAUGCCGAGUGUGAAGCGGCUGGGGUGAGGACCAGCACUUCCAAAUCUGAGGUCAUGGUUCAUUCCUGGGACACGGUGGAUUGUGCUCUCCAAGUGAGGGGGGAAAAGCUGCCCUUAGUGGAGGAGUUUAGAUCUCUUUUGUGAGUGAUGGUAAGUGGGAGCGGGAGAUCGGCCAGCGGAACGGUGUGGCAUCUGCAGUGUUGCGGGCGCUGUACCGUUCCGUAGUAUAGUGAAACGGGAGCCGAGUUCUCGAACAAAGCUCUCGGUUUAUAGGUUGAUCUACGUUCAAACAGUAACCUAUGGUCAUGAGCUUUGGGCAAUAAAGGAUGAGAUCGCGUGGAUACAAGUGGCCGAAAUGAGGUUUCUCUGCAGGGUUUCCGGGCUCACUCUCCGUGAUUGGGUGAGGAGCUCGGUAAUCCAGAAGAGCCUCAAGGGUCGAGUUGCAGUUGCUCCGGAUCGAGAAGAGCCAGUUGAGGUGGUUCGGGCACCUUGCAAGAAAGCCCCCCGGUAGACUCCCCCUGGAACUCUGCCGGGCACCUCCCACUGAGUGAACACCCCGGGACCAGCCCAGGACACGCUGGCGGGACUAUGUUGCUCGGCUGGCCUGGGAACGCUCGGGAAUUCCCAAGGAAGAGCUGGAGAGUCCGUCGCCAGGGAAAGGGAGGUCUGGACCGCCUUGCUCAACAUGCUGCUGCCGUGACCGUCACCAGGACAAGAGGAUUGAGAAACUAACGAAGAAAGUGAGAUCGCAGUCAGAGUGAGCAGGAGGGGGACAAAUCCCAUGGAACCGGUGCAGUGUUGGUCCAAACAAAGAGCCAGUGGACAGGGCCUUCCCCAGGAAUGGUUCGGCACGGCCUGGGUGUACUCUUUAAUGGCCGUGGGAAAGUAGAACUUCGCACGCCUGCUUCGCCCGGAACAGAACCACGUGUUUUGCAACUUGUCGGCCACCAAGGGAGAGUUCCACUCUUUCUUAGUUUACAACAAGCAUGGUUUACACACAGCUUGUGCGUCUGUUUCUUAGCUUUACAAACCUUUUUUUAAAUUUCUGAUUUGUUUAGCAUAUUUAAACUACACCCGUGUUGCUGUAUUUGAAUAAAUAAAGAUUGACUUUGCUUA